AUGGCCAACUCAGCCAGUUCGUACAUCCGAAUCGGACGAUCCGAUGUACUACAUCGCUGCAUCAUGGCACAGUACGAACCGGCUUGUGAGACAGCCUUCCUCAGAUAG